CAAGAAUGAAGCCUGGGGUUUCGGGCUGUCUCACUUAAGAGGAGGAAGGGGCAGACCAGGAGAGCAGUCUGCUUGAGUGAGAAGAGUGGAUCCCAGGCUCCUGGGAGCACCCAGCAUGUGGCAACGGCUUCUUCUGAUGGCUACCUUACUCCUUGCUCCACUUCCAGUAAAUUCUAUAAAAGAGCUUCCAGGAAUGAAAAACUAUGAAGUUGUUUAUCCCAAAAGACUUCAUCCACUACGUAAAAGAGAGGUCAAGGAUCCAGGUCAACAGGAAAAUUUUGAAACUGAAUUGAAGUAUGAAAUGACGGUUAAUGGAAAAAUUGCAGUGCUUUACUUGAAAAAAAACAAGAAUCUCCUUGCACCAGGCUACACAGAAACAUAUUAUAAUUCCAGUGGAAAGGCAGUCACCACGAGCCCACAGAUCAUGGAUAACUGUUAUUACCAAGGACACAUCGUUAAUGAAAAAGUUUCUGAUGCUAGCAUCAGCACAUGUAGAGGUCUAAGGGGUUACUUCAGUCAGGGAGAUCAAAAGUACUUCAUCGAACCGUUAAGCCUCACAAACCAGGAUGAACAGGAACACGCACUCUUCAAGCACGAUCCUAAAGAGCAGAAGACUAACAGCUCCUGUGGGAUGACUGACACAAUCUGGGCACCUGGGAUUCACCUGAAGACAAUCCCGUCUACCAGUCUGGCUACAUCCAAAGACCAGAAAGCUUGGGAAAAAAAGAAAUAUGUAGAAUAUUAUUUGGUCCUGGACCAUGGUGAGUUUAAAAAGUACAGUCAAGAUCUAGAGGAAAUAAGAAAGACGGUAUUUGAGAUGGUCAAUUACAUCAACAUGCUUUAUAAAAAGCUCAAUACUUACGUGGCCUUAAUUGGGAUGGAGCUCUGGAAUGACGAGGAUAAGAUAUAUAUAUCUUCCAAUGCAAGCCUCACUUUAGAAAAUUUUUCUAAGUGGAGGGCAAAUGUCCUCCUGAAGAGAAAGCACCAUGAUGUUGCUCAGCUACUCACGACAGUAGAAUUUUCUGGAACAACUGUGGGCCUCGCUUACAUGUCUACAAUGUGCUCUCCUGAUUUUUCUGCUGGCAUCAUUAAGGAUCACAGUCCCAAUGCACUUCAGGUUGCAGGAACCAUGGCCCAUGAAAUGGGCCAUAACUUCGGGAUGUUUCAUGACAAUUACAAUUGCAAGUGCCCUUCUAUAGAAUGUGUGAUGGACAGAUCAUUAAGCAAAAAUGUACCUACAGACUUCAGUUCCUGCAGCUGGGCCAGCUUUGAAAGAUUCUUUGAAGAUAAAUUAUCCAAUUGCCUCUUUAAUGUUCCACUGCCUACAGAAAUCAUAUCCACCCCGAUCUGUGGGAACAAGUUGGUAGAAAUGGGAGAAGACUGUGACUGUGGGACCCCUGAGGAAUGUACCAACAUUUGCUGUGAUGCAAAAACAUGUAAAGUGAAAGAAAAUGUUCAAUGUGCAUUAGGAGAAUGCUGUGAAAAGUGCCAGUUAAAAAAGGCUGGUGAGGUGUGCAGACCAGCAAAAGAUGAGUGUGACCUGCCCGACAUGUGUGAUGGCAAAUCUCCUCUUUGCCCCAGUGAUCGGUACCAAAUCAAUGGCUUCCCUUGCCAGAAUGGGACGGGCUACUGCUGGAUGGGAACGUGCCCCACCCUGGAGAAGCAGUGCACUGACCUCUGGGGACCAGGAUCCCAGGUUGCAGAUAAGUCAUGUUUUAGAAAAAAUGAAGGUGGAUCAACUUAUGGAUACUGUCGAAAAGUGAACAACACACGCAUUCCCUGUAAAGCAAAAGAUGCCAUGUGUGGGAAGUUGUUCUGUAAUGGUGGCUCAGAUUAUCUGCCCUGGAAGGGACGUAUAGUCACAACCCUGACAUGUAGACUAUUUGAUCCUGAAGACAGCAGUGAAGAAAUUGGCAUGGUAAUCAAUGGAACCAAAUGUGGAGAUAAGAAGGUUUGCAUUAACGCAGAAUGUGUGGACCUGGAAAGAACUUACAAAUCAGCAAAUUGCUCCUCUAAGUGCAAAGGACAUGCUGUGUGUGACCAUGAGCUUCAGUGUCAGUGUAAAGAAGGAUGGGCCCCUCCUGACUGCUCUCGUUCUUCCACGGUCUUCAUUUAAUAGAAGACUCUUGAGUCCCUUGGACCGAAAGGAAAUCCAAUCAGUCCAUCCUAAAGGAGAUCAGUGCUGGGUGUUCAUUGGAAGAACUGAUGUUGAAGCUGAAACUCCAAUACUUUGGCCACCUGAUGUGAAGAGCUGACUCAUUUGAAAAGACCCUGAUGCUGGGAAAGAUUGAGGGCAGGAGGAGAAGGGGAUGACAGAGGAUGAGAUGGCUGGAUGGCAUCACCGACUUGAUGGACAUGGGUUUGGGUGGACUCCAGGAGUUGGUGAUGGACAGGGAGGCCUGGUGUGCUGCGGUUCAUGGGGUCACAAAGAGCUGGACAUGAAUGAGCAACUGAACAGAACUGAACUGAAGAAUUGUGUCAAAUAAUUUUUAUUUACUGGUUAAGAUUUUUAACUCUACUCUGUUGGUAUUGCAAAAUAAACUGAUUGAUAUUUGAACAUUUAUCUAAUUUUGCAUUCCUUGCAUAAACCCAACAUGGAAAUAUUU